UCAACCAGAACUAACCGGUAAGACUCCAGUAUACUGACGGACUAACAGCCGGUGCCCCUUGUCGAGAAAUGGUUAAAAGGACUAAAGCUCCCGUCACUUACGCAAAAAUGAAAGGCAUAGUUUCAUAUUUUACUGCUUUAAUUAAGGACAAGAAGUUUGGAUCCAGCUAUUCAAUGUACAGACAAAUGGAUUUCUUGCGAUCUGAGAGUCUAUCUGAGGAUGAUGGAGCAGCAGCUGUCUGUUUCGGUGAUCCACCAACAGAGGAGCUACAUUCUCGGGUAUCUGCGGCUGAUUUUGAUUAUUUAAGGGUCAUUGGGACAGGAAGCUUUGGCAAGGUGUUCUUGGCCAAACACAGGGAGAAUGGUACACACUAUGCAGUCAAAGUCCUACAGAAACAUAUUAUCUUAUCAAGGAAAGAGGAAAGACAUGUCAUGUGUGAGCACAGAGUAUUGUUGAAGACUUUCAAUCAUCCAUUUCUGGUGAAGCUCCACUUCAGCUUUCAGACUAAGGACAGACUGUACCUUGUGCUGGACUAUGCAUGUGGAGGAGAGCUCUUCUACCAUUUACAGAGGGAGUUGGUGUUUUGUGAACCCAGAGCCAGAUUCUAUGCUGCUGAGAUGGCCAGUGCUUUAGGAUACUUACACUCCCUGAAUAUUGUCUAUAGGGACCUGAAACCAGAAAACAUUCUGCUGGAUUCUGCAGGUCAUGUGGUUCUGACCGACUUUGGCUUGUGUAAGGAGGGUGUGGCAGGGCGCGAUACCACUAGGACCUUUUGUGGAACACCAGAGUACCUGGCACCCGAGGUUCUCGAGCAGAAAGAGUACGACAGAACCGUAGACUGGUGGGGACUGGGGGCCGUUCUGCAUGAAAUGCUUUAUGGCCAGCCACCCUUCUACAGUGCAGAUCGUUUUGAGAUGCUUAAAAAUAUUAUUUAUCAGCCUUUGGUACUGAAACCUGGAGUGUCUAGUGGAGCCAGAGAUCUUUUGAAGAGACUACUAAACAGGGACCGGGCCAAGAGAUUAGGAGCCAAGCGUGAUCUGGUGGAGCUGCAGUCCCACUCCUUUUUCUCCUCUAUUCAAUGGGACGAGCUUGUUGCAAAGAAAAUUCCACCCCCUUUCAUUCCUUCUCUGUCUAGCCCUGGUGACCUCACAAACAUUGAUCCAAGGUUUACAGAUCUUCCUGUUCCGCAGUCAUUAGGUGCAUGUGAGGAGUAUGGAGCAACCUUUCCUGGCUUCACCUACAUCAGUGAAAAUACUUCCUCACUGUCAGCGCAGACUCGUGGGCACUGAGAUCAGAGCUCUGUCAGACCAAUUGACAUUUUAUCAGCCUGUGAACAUGUUUCUACAACCUAGAUAGCAAAUGGAAAAAGAAUGGAACCAAUCAUGAUUUGCUUAGACAAACACUGUAUCCUUUAAGUGUUAGUUGGACCAAUGCAUUUGAGAAUAACUGCAGAAUUUAUAUCAACACUGACUGUGUUUCAAAACGUUAAUGUAUUGUAAUUUAAUUCUUUUUUAGCAAUAUUGUAAUAAACAAAUGUGUCUGUAAUGAAAUAAACACCGUUUUUCAGAAUACUGUUAUAAUGACCGAACAUGUGAGAAACAGUAAACCGUAUCCAAAUGUUUGUUUUAAAAUGUAACUAACAAGUCAUAUAAGUGAAUAAGUUUAUGGAAGGAAUGUUAAAAAGGAAGGGUUAUGCAGACUACCCUUUAAGCUAUCAAUAUAGAAUUGGUUAAAGCAGUAAAAUCAUGUCUGGAUUGUAAAUGAAUAAAUUUACAUGCUUAAAUGUUUAUGUUCAUACGUUUUUUGUGGUGAGUUUAAUGUGUUUGAAAAAGUAUUAAAAAGUAACCGACUCACAAUUCA